AAACGCUAUGACAAAUUUGUAUUUGUUUAUUAGUUUACGACUGUAAGGUACAAUUGCCGUUUUACGUUAAAAUCUGUCACUGGUAAAGUGAUAUGACAUUUUGUAAACAAAGUGAUUUAUUGAUGAUUUACAGCUUUGUAAAGGAAUUCGGUUUAUUAUGCGCUUGAAAUGAACGAUUUUGAAGAUGAGGAACAGGUUGUCACAGCUUGGUAUAAAGCUUUCCGUGCAGGAACCGACCAUGAUCUGUGGGGUCAGCCAGUAGAAGCCAUAGAAGAUUACAAAAGGUUGUCAAAGCAGUUCCAGAAAUGCUCGUCAUCUGACAUUUCCAACUUUAGCGAUGAACAAAAAAAAAUUGUGGGCAAGAUAGCCAUAUGUCUGGAACUGAGGUGUAGAUCCUUACAGAACCCAGGAACCUGUGAGGGUAUUUCCCUGGAUGAUCUUAAGAAAAUUGGUGCAACUCUUCAGAAUCUCUUAAAACAGAAGGCCAAGGACUUCCCGGUGGACGUGCUGGCAGCUCAGUUGAACUCGCGUGAGAGAAACAUAGCAGAACUACCAGACUAUGACAAUGAUGAAGACAGGCAGCCAUUACGAGAGCGAGGAAGCCUGUUGCCAGAGCCUGUUUCAUUUGGAGGCCGGCCGGUGCUGACCAUCAGGAUCGUGAAGAUCGGUCUUAAAGAUGCCAAACAAUACAUCGACCCCUACAUGUCCAUAUAUGUGAAAGACAGUCAGGGUGCUGAUCUAACGAGUCACCAGGACACGCCAGUGGCGAGUGUUAAGGAAGACUCAUAUGUGAUAUUCAACGUUGAUGUACACAUACAGAAAACUCUGGACAGUCUACCUCCUGGUUAUGCAGUUUUCUUUGAGUUCAAGCAUUACAAGCCGAAGAAAGGGAGCGUGAGCACGCGGUGCUGGACAGUCAUGGAGAGUGAUGAGAUUAAGGAGGGAACAGCCGUCCUUGAACUGUAUAAGAAGCCAGCCAACUACAGAAGGAAGAAUGUUCAGCUCUUCACUGUCAAGCCGCUCUUCCUGCACUUAAAACUCUCCAUUAAUCUCUGAUGUUAACUAUCACCGCAUUUCAUAGUCCCAAGUGUUCCCACCGUCCUGAAUGUUUACAAGCUCAUAUUUUAGACCUUUUUACAUUGGAAUAGCUAGGCUCCCUAACAUCUUCUCGGAUAAUCGUAAUAUUUAUAAAUAUUUUAAGAGUAAAACACAUUUUCGAGCCAGUGAUUUGAUAUGGCCUCACUUGUCAUCAUUCAAACGAAGUCCGCAAUCUACAUGCAGGAAUCUAUUUCAUGCAGUAUGGACAGUAAUUAAGUCCAUAAAAGCACAAUCAUUAUUAACCAUCUCUGAAAGAUAAUAACAAAAUUAAAUCCUACAUGGGACUUGUGGUUUACAGGAGAAGUUUGACUGUUAGAUAAUUAGGUGAUGGCUUGUCUUUCAAAGGGCUUCUUGCAUUCCAAGCAUAAAUCAUAGUUUAUCUUAUUAUAAGUUAUAGUUGUCAAAUGCAUAAGAAUUACUCUGACUUCCUAUGUUAACUGUGAUGCAUGAAUACAGUGUCUCGGCAUUUACAUUCAAUCAAACAGAAUGUUGUUUUUGAUAACCAGUGUGAUAUUUAUUUGUCUCAACAUAGUUUUACAGUCAUAUAGCAUAGUUUUAGUCACUAACAUUCUCAUGUAUUGCAUUUAAUACCAAGGUUCAAUUAACUUAUACUGUGAUAUGAAAUAUACUUCAAUACUAAAUACUAGUAUAUCGUUCAAUUACUCACAUAUUCUACUAUAUGUGAACUACUACAAUGUUAAAUAUACUGUCCAGCACACAUGUGUACUACUACAAUGUAAAAAAUACUGUCCAGCACACAUGUGUACUACUACAAUGUUAAAAAUACUGUCCAGCACACAUGUGUACUACUACAAUGUUAAAAAUACUGUCCAGCACACAUGUGUACUACUACAAUGAUAAUUAUACUCCUCAGCACACAUGUGUACUACUACAAUGUAAAAAAUACUGUUCAGCACACAUGUGUAUUACUACAAUAUUAGAAAUACUGUUCAGCACACAUGUGUACUACUACAAUAUAAGAAAUACUGUCCAGCACACAUGUGUACUACUACAAUGUUAAAUAUACUGUCCAGCACACAUGUGUACUACUACAAUGUAAAAAAUACUGUUCAGCACACAUGUGUACUACUACAAUGAUAAUUAUACUCCUCAGCGCACAUGUGUACUACUACAAUGUUAAAAAUACUGUUCAGCACACAUGUGAACUACUACAAUGUUAAAUAUACUGCUCAAAACAGUCAUGUUAUGUACCACUAAAAUGUUCAAUAUACUGUUCAACACGCACUUUGCACUACUACAAUGUUAAAUAUACUGUUCAGCACAUGUGAGAAACACCUACAAUGAUAAAUAUACUGUUCAGCAAUGAUGUGUACUACUAUAAAGUUAAAUAUACUGUUCAACGCACGUUAUGUACUGCUACAAUGUUAAAUAUACUGCUCAGCAAUCAUUUGGAUUACAGCAAUGUUCAAUAUACUGCUCAGCAAAUAUGUGUACUACUACAGUGUUAAAUAUACUGCUUGAGCAAACAUGUGAACUAUUACAAUGCUAAAUAUACUGUUUAGCACACAUGUGGAUUACUGCAAUGUUAAAUACUAGUAUACUGUUGAGCACACAUGUGGAUUACUGCAAUGUUAAAUACUAGUAUACCGUUUAGCACACAUGUGGAUUACUGCAAUGUUAAAUAUACUGUUGAGCACACAUAUAAACUCUUACAGUGUUAAAUGUGUACUACUACAAUGUUCAGAAUACUGUUCAGCACAAAUGUGUACUUUUACAAUUUUAAAUAGACUGCUCAGCACACAUGUGAACUACUACAGCAUUAAAUGUGUACUCCUACAAUGUUCAAAUAACUGUUUAGCCCAUGUGUGUACUACUACAAUGUUAAAUAUACUGUUCAGCACACAUGUGUACAUUACAAUGUUAAAUAUACUGUUCAGCACACAUGUGUACUACUACAAUGUUAAAUAUACUGUUCAGCACACAUGUGUACAUUACAAUGUUAAAUAUACUGUUCAGCACACAUGUGUACAUUACAAUGUUAAAUAUACUGUUCAGCACACAUGUGUACUACUACAAUGUUAAAUAUACUGUUCAGCACACAUCUGUACUACUACAAUGUUAAAUGCACACAUCUGUACUACUACAAUGUUAAAUAUACUGUUCAGCACACAUCUGUGCUACUACAGUGUUAAAUAUACUGUUC